GAGCCGUCCCCCCACUGCGACAAGGCGCUCGUGUGGAGGCAGCUCGCGCGGCGGCGCUACCAGAAGACGGCCAGGAGGAAGGUCGCCUGGGGCGCCAGCGCGGGCCCGCCCCCGUCGCCGACCCCGGAGGACAGCCCGAUGCCGCGCGCCUGCACCUGGCCCGCGCCCGCGGGCGGCGACGGCGCCGCCUGA